UGCAGUGCGUCUGAGCCUGGAGACAUGUUUCUUCUCUCUGCCUUCGUGUCAUUGGUUCUGCUGGUGGUGGCUGAAAGCAGCAUCAGGCCGAGUAACUCGAGCUACUGCACCGAGUCUAAAGAAUGCCUGCAGUUUGAUCUGGUCUGCAGGACGGAGGAGUAUGAGGUGCGUCAUUACUCUCCUACCCGCUGGGUUUCAACUGAUGCUGAAGCUUAUUUUAUGGGUGUGGGAGCAGCCAUGGCCUUCAGACGCCUCUACCAGUAUAUUACUGGGGCUAAUGAAGCAGGUGUUGAGAUAGAGAUGACCGCUCCAGUCCUGGUUAAAGUUCCAGAGGAGACUCAGAUGUGGGAGCCGGCUAUCUACACCCUAAGCUUCCUGCUGCCUUCAGCUUUCCAACACAAUCCACCCACACCGACCAGUGAUAAGCUGUAUUUUACUGAUAUGCCACAGAUGAACGUGUAUGUGAGGAGUUAUGGAGGCUGGAUGCUGUCAAUCACCUCCAGACUUCAUGCCCAUCUUCUGACCAAGGAGUUAAACAGAGUUGGCACUAAUUAUAACCACACACACCACUACGCUGUGGGCUACGACAGUCCUCUUAAGCUCUUAAACAGACAUAAUGAGGUGUGGUACGUGGCGGAGGAUGAGCCCGUGUGCAGCGGAGCAACUCAGAAACCCUCCCAGAACCUGACUGCUACCGAUAAAGCUAAUGAUGCUGCUUUUACUGCCUCUGAUAAAACUUCUACGGCUACUAACACGGAUCCUUCUAUUGCCAGUAAUGCUACUCCCACUGCUACUAGCCCUGCCACUAAUCCUGAUACUAGCCCUGCUACUACCACUGCUGCCCACCCUGCUACUAUCACUGCUGCUAGCCGUGCUCCCACCACUGCCACCAGUGAUAUGACUGUUACUUCUGCUGCUUAACUAGCACUGAAGAGGAGGAGAAGAAGAGACGACUGAAGAAAGGCUAACAGGAGGUGUGCAUGUGUUUCUAUGUGAAAGAAUCAGUAUGUGGUGGUUGCUAAUGGUGUGACCAAAAUAAGACGUUCAGUACUGAUAAAUUAACAUGUUUAUUCACAGUAUUUCUGUUUGCACCAUGUUGAAGACCAUCUUUAGUCUGGUGAUGCCUUUCUCAAGCUGAUUAGCUUCUAAAGACAAUGUCAUAAGGGUGGAUGAUAUGAGAUUUAUCACUAUUACUACAGUUUUCACCACAGUUUCUGUGUUUUUAGUGGACACUGUCAGAACUCAGUGCAUGUAUGAUUUAAAUGGGGUUUAUAAGAGGUCCCAAAGUGACGUAGCUAAGGUUUCUGCUCAUUGGCAGGAGAUUAAAUCCUGACAGUGCCGUGAUUCUAAAAGAAGCUGCCUACAUAGAGACACAUCUUAGUAGCACAUGCAUAGCACUGAAAACCGUAUUAUUAAAGCGGUUCUUGCAUGAUUGAACAGCUUCAUAGUGUUUUAUGAAGCAAAUGACAUUAUAUUGGCAUAAGAGGCCUCAAACUAAAGUGACCUACAUUUCCUCCAUUUAUAUCAAUGUUAUGAAGCAUCAUUUCCAAGUAAUGUAAUAUGAUGUAAACGAUGAUGCUUUACAGUAGGGCAUGUUCAUAAGGCUACAUAAGCUCAUCAUGACAAACUUAGAUAAACAUGUAUACAGGUUUAUUCCAACAGGCGUUGUCCAUAGUAAAGCUUUUGUCAGGUGACGUCAGAUUUUUUCUGACAUUGGGGUGUCAUGACGCUUUUGAGUGAAAUGACGCUGUGCGUUAUAAAAACUGGCUCUGUAGCUUUGUGUAUAUCACAGUGACACAGUGCUGUGUAAAAGGUAAAAUGAACCACACUUGGGCCCAUUUCUUCUUUUUACCCCUAUCCCUUGUUUUUGAGAGUCACUCUCACCCCUUGGAACUGAGUUGCAGGGCAGUGGUUGGAAUCUUCCCUCUAAAACAUGUCCUACAUGUUUGGAGGGUCAUGUAGCCCUAACACUUCAUCUCUAGCUCAACAAGGAUCGGGACACCCUAUCCUUAGAUGAGAAUGCCCAAAACUAGGGCUAGGGGUACCCCUUGUGGUAGGGGCAAGGGGUGAAAUGGGAAUGGGCCUUGAUCUUAGGACCCAAGAAAAUGCUUGCUUUUGUUGAACCAGCCGAGGUGUCAUAUUAGGUGUGGGCAAUAUGAUGAUAUUUUAUCUCGUUAUCAUGAUAAAUUGGGUCACAACACUUUUCAGACCAUAUUGUGGAUAUUGUCAGUAUUUAUUUUUGCAAAUUGUAUUACAAUGUGAUUGUAAAAAAUUACUUGUCCUGUUUCAUUGGAUUUAGUGCAGCGCAGUUUGUGAAAUAUCGAAUAAGAAUCUUUGUAGUUGCGCGUUUAUCAUUAUUAUUGUCAUAUUUUAUAUGUGGCACUGGAGCUUCUUUUCUUCUUUUCCGAUUUAUUAAAUCUCAGAAAAACGAAAUACUGUGAAGCAGUGUGUGAUAAAGUGUCAUUAUGUAAUAUUAUUGCCAUAUGUUUUGCCAUAUUGCCCACCCAUAUUUCAAGACAGCCUAAUGUCACCUGACAAAUGUUACGUCAACUUCACAUCAGAGCUGGCAGAUUCGACCUUCAUGACAAAAUAAACACAUUGCAAUUGUGUGAUAUACAUAUUAUAAAUGUUUAUGUAGGUCUGUGUCAUGAAGGCAGAGCCAAUGGAAUGGAGUGUGCUGGGAGGGGUGGGGUUUAAGCAGUGACCAUUUGACCCACCACUUUUCAAAGUACUGGGGUGAUGACCCCCCACUUUCUGACUGAGUUCAGGACCCUGACGUCAAAAAACUUUGCAGAGCACUGACUUAGAGACAUAGAUCCAUACAGGAAAGCCCUGGUGAGCUGGUGUUCUGUGAGAGGAGCUGCAGCUCACUGAUCUGGUGAUAAUGUAACUACACUGUGAGAAUUUACUGUCGUUUUAAAUGUUUCUCACCACUCUUGUGAUAUUUGGCCAUACUGAGCAACUUAGUCUGUAAUCAGCACCUUCUCUGCACUCCCACAGUAGAACCUGUCCUCACUCUCAUAUCCAAACCACAGGGUGAAACCUGAUUAUCAUGUGCUGUGUAACUACUUGGUUAUAGAUUGUAUGAUAUAUAUAUAUAUGUACAGUUAUAGAAGAGUAUUAAUGUUGUAGUGCAGGCUGAAGUGCAGGUGUCUAGACAGCCCCCUCCUCUGCAGCGCCUGAUGCAAGUCAUUCACAGCUACACUACAGGUGCUUGGUCAUUGUUUGGGGCAAAAGCUGCCAUCAUUGGUCACCUUGGCCAGCGUGGGCGUUUAAAACUGUACCUUUAGCUUAAACGUCAGUUCUGUGAUUAUUUUAGUGAAGGAAAACUUCACAGAGGAGCGCUGGAAGGUUUUCGAGGCGUGCUGAUUAGCUCUGUAUGAUCCUGAGCUGAGAAGCAUGGAGGUCCCGAGAGGCCACGAGCUGCUGCUGUCAUUUCCUGGAUUGUUAUCUUGAGAUAACGGGAUUAAUUAACUCGUUAUCUCAAGAUAACAACUUUGUUAUGUUGAGAUCACAAGAUCAUUAACUCAUUAUAUUGAGAUAACAAGUUAACUUGUUACCUUAACAUAACAAUUUUUGUAUCUUGAGAUGACAAGUUGAGUAACUUGUUAUUUCAAGAUAUGUUUUGUUACCAUAAUAUUAACGUGUUAUCUCGUGUUAUCUCAAGAUAAUAGCUUUUGUUAUCUUGAGAUAACAACAUAAGUAACCUGUUAUCUCAAAAUUAUAACUACCUCAAGGCCUCCCAGGACUUCCGUAGAGAGGUCAUGUGCAUGGGUCACACAGUGCAUUAUGGGUACUCUAUACCACUAGGGUACAUCCCUCAUUGUUUGGGCUCAGGGUAUCAGAGUGCAUUGUGGGAUUUCACGAGCGCUGGAUGUUCUCCACUUGGUUUUCACACAUGACCACAAAAUUGGCGCAGAUCCCGCAGGACAUUGGGAAUAGGGUCCAGUUUUGGGAUGGUCUUAAAUUGCGAGCGACUCCUGCACAGCCUUGUUCUUCAUGGCCUCUUUAGUAAAGGGAAUGGUUCUGUUUAGAACCAUGAGUUCUAUAUAGAACCAUUUCAUGCUCUAAUGGUUCUUUGCAUGGUAAAAUGAUUCUUUACAUUAAUGGAGAAUGUGCUGUAUUUAUGGUUCCAUAUAGCAUCAAAAAGGGGUUCUUUUGUUUGUCAUUGUAAAUUUGACAUUGUAGCAGAACCGUUUUUGGUGUUGCAUUGGACCCUUUUCAAAAAGAUUUCUAUAAUAGAACCGUGUAUGACACAUUCUCCAUCAGUCUGAAGAACCAUUUCGCCAUGCAAAGAGCCAUUUAAGCAUGAAAUAGGUUUACAUAAAAAGAACCUUCCCCUUUACUAAAGAACCCUUGAAGAACGUUAAGUGUGUGAUACUGAAAGCUCAUUGAAAUGUUGCUGGUAGUGAUUUCAAUUUCUAUGCUAUUUAAGCCCAAUACACACAAUAAAACAUGAUUUAUUUAUUCCAGCAACUCCGUUCAGCCUUUUUCUGUUUCUGUGUGUUAUAUUUGCACAUAUUUUAUUUGAAAAGCAUCUCGAGCUGUAUUUUUGUCUGUAUUAGUAACUGUGUUAACUUGCAAUAAAGGUACUCAUUUUGCCAUAUUUGAAUAUAAUCUGUUGGAGCUCAGCAUAGAUGUAUUUCAGGACUGUAUAAAAUCCUGUAGUUGUUCAUGUUGCACUCGCUAAUAAAACCGUAAGAUAUGUGUUUCUGUCUGUUCUGCGGAAUAAAAAGACAAUAAAUAUAAUAAAAUAAGACCAUUUCUCACAAA